AUGAUGGACUUUGACAAUGUGCUGUCAAUCGCCACGCAAAACCAGGGAGUCAGCGGCGUACAGAAGAGAUAUAGUUUACAAGCGGGCCCCCCUAAAAAAGACCCCAAGUCAAAAGGGGUGAAUCCAGCAGCCGUGCAGGCACUCCUGCAGAAGCGACAAAAUGAGGCCAGAAAGAAAGAAAUCGAAUUUAAGAAACAGAAGGAGGACCUCCUGGCUAAAAGGGUGGAGCUAAAGUCGGAUCGGAAGGCCAGAGCCAUGGCUUCCAGAACCAAAGACAAUUUCCGAGGUUACAACGGCAUCCCGGUGGUGGACGUUCCCAAGAAGAGGCGCUCCAAGCAGGACGCGGAGACGGACGGGAAUCGGGAAACCUUUCGAAACCGUUACGUCGAGCCGGAGGACGACGGAGACGACGCCGAGUACGGCCCGACGGAUUCCGAACCCGACGAGGAACCGGAACCUCUCGGGAAAGACUCUCCUAAAAAAAAACUCGGCGGCGCUAAUCCCAAAUCGGCGCCGCCCCGCAUGAACUUUGCGGACUUGCUGAAAUUGGCGGAGAAGAAGCAGCACGAGCCGGUGGAGCUGAAAGCCAAAGCGGCCAAGGAGGAAAGGCUCCGGACGGCCGACGAGUUGAAGGAGCUGGAGCUGGAACGGAGGGCCAAAAACCGACACCGUCGGCCCGACGGGGAAGGGAGGCCUCCGUCCGACGUCGGAAAAAAUGAAGUCAAGAACAAGAGUUUAUCCGAAAAGCCCGACCCGUCCAAGGGAAUGUCGAGAAAGCCGUUAGCCCCGCCUCCCAAGGAGCGAGAUGGCGCCAAAACGCCGCUUCCUCCCAAAGCCAAACCGUCGUCACCCGCUACCCCGGGAAUCCCAAAAGAAAGCACUUCAUCAGUUCAAGGGCGACCGCGGUCCAAGAUUCACACAAGCAGAGAUGUCAAACCGUCUCUGAAUGAAAACACGACAAAAAACAGGCCGGGCGUGGCAAAGCCGGACCCGGAACUUCAGAGAGAAGCGGAAAAAUCUGCUCCGAAACAGGGACGCGAUUCCGCGGCUCGCCCUCCGGGAGGUACUAAAAUUCAGACUCCCGGCGCUCGGGCUCCACCUGCCGGCGCUCGGGCUCUGCCCACCGGAGUUCGGACUGCGCCCGCUAGAAUUCAAGCUCCUCCUGCCGGUGCUCGGGCUCCACCCGCUGGAUUUCGGACUCCUCCUGCCGCCGCCGGCGUUCGGGCCCCUCCUGCCGGCGUUCGGGCCCCUCCUGCCGGCGUUCGGGUCCCUCCUGCCGGCGUUCGGGCCCCUCCUGCCGGCGUUCGGGCCCCUCCUGCCGGCGUACGGGCCCCUCCUGCCGGAGUUCGGGCUCCCCCCGCCGGCGCUCGGACGGCCGACGGGCGAGGCUCAGGACCCGGGAGGCCCCAGUGCACGGUGGUGUCCCGGACCAUCUCGUCCGGAAACGUCAACUCGCUCAGACCCGGAGGGGUUCCGUCUCGGUCGGGGAUCCCGCCGAGACCUCUCAACAGACCGCCAGGUCCGCCGCUCCCGCCCAUCACCAUCGCGUACAAGAGAAAAUACGAGGAGGAGGAAGAGGAAUACGAUUCGGAAAUGGACGACUUCAUCGACGACGGCGGCGACGAACAGGAGGAGGUUUCCAAACACAUCAAGGAAAUCUUCGGCUACGACCGAAGCAGGUACAAGGAGGAAAGCGACUACGCCCUCAAGUUCAUGGAGAGCAGCUGGCGAGAUAUGCAGAAAGAGGAAGCCAGGAGUCUCAAAAUGGCCGUGCAGGAAGAUCUGGAGGAGGAGAAGAAAGAGCAAGAGGAGAUGAAACGCUUGAACGCCAAGCGCAGAAGAAACAACUGA